AUGUCAGGCUACAACUACGGCCCCCCGCCGCCGCCGCCGCCUCCAGCAGCUCAGGCUAAUCAUCCUGGGUAUGGACACCACAAUCCCCCUUACCAACAACAUUCCCGAGGCAGUGGUGCUCAUGCUGCUCGUGGUGGGCGUGGCGGCUAUCCGUCGAACACCCGUCCCGAAUACCCUCCGGCUCCUCAGCCCCAGUACGAGUAUGGUCGACCGCAACAACCCCAAUAUCCUCAGCAUAGUCCUGGCUAUCCCGCCCAGCAGCCCGCCGCCAGCAGCUAUCCCCCUCAGCACCAAUGGCAUCAGGAUCACGCACAUGUCACUCCUCAGCAUGCUGCUCCUCAACACGGCGCCCAUGCUCCUGCGCCGCUGUCGACUACCAACUACCAUCCGAACUACGCCUCCCAGAUUUACGCGCACCCGCAGCACCCGCAACACCCGCAGCAUCCUCAGCACCCCCAGCCGCCUCCCCACCAACCAAGUUAUGGACCACAGCAGCCACAGCAGCAAGUCUACGGCCAGCCUUAUGCCGCACCCCCACCAUACAGCGCUCCCCAACCGUGGGUCGGUCACGACCCUCACGCUCAAAGUCAGUACGGGACGACUCGCGGGCGAGGCGGCUAUGGGAAUGACCGAGGCGGCCCUCGAGGUGCCCAAAAUGUGGGCGCACCUGCGCCAGUAGCUUACGGUAGUGAUGGGAUACAUCAUGCGAACGGCGCAUACGGCCAGCCAUACGGAGAUCCUCGCGCGCAAGCCGUGCCGUACCAGCCUCCAGCACAAUUUCCCUACCACGCACCUCCUGCUGCACCUCGCGCGUCGGCUCCUCCACAAGAAGCAUUCUACAAACAUGACGGGCAGCGUGGUCGCGGUGGUCACCGCGGUGGCAACCCCCGAGGUCGAGGCUCGUUCCAUGCCAAUGAUAAGGGUCGUCAUCGUCCACAGGGCAAUCACAACCACCGCCAAGAUGGAGGUGCUUCCCACCACAAGCAUGAUAAUGCGGCUUCGGGCAAGAAAAAAAAGCGCAAGACCAAUACACUAGGUCUCACACCGGGCCAAGACUCGGAGUCGGAAGACGACGAGAUGGAAGAAGAGACGCUUCGCAAGCUCAUUGGAGCAGAUGCCUUACAGGUGAACGAUGUCGACGCUUACAUUGCUGAGCGAAAGAAACGCUUCCCUACUGCUGCGCGAGUCAAGGCUAAGAAGUCUGCCGAGACCACGCAAGGAAGCGGCAACAAAAUCUCGGCUGAUCUGGAAAAGGAAGAAAACCUUGCCAGCAAGCUGCGAAGGCAGCUGGAGAAAGUUGAAUCGUCUAUCAAGCGCAAGCGUGAACAGCAAGACGAGGGUGACGAAAUGAGAGACAGCCCUUCCCUUGACAUUAAGUCUGAGGAUGAGGAGCCGGAAGUGGCGUCAAGUCGCGUUCAGCCAGCCCCCCCUCCACCCCCACCAGCGAAGAAGGCAGAUAUUUCAAAGCAUUGCAAGUACUACUCUACGGGAGGUACCUGUGGCAAGAAGGGCAAGUGCCGCUUCGUUCACGAUCCCGCUGUCAGAGAGGCAGCAAUGAAGGACCGAGAAGCAAACAACGGCCAUCUCACAAUCCAGCAGCGUUUAAUUCUGAACGACAAGGAUCAGGAAGACCUUACUGUUCUACAGUCGAUUCAGUACUUGAGAGAGAAAGGUCUGAUGAAACCUGAAGAUAAAUCUGAAGGUUCAAAUGGACACCAAGCACCUGGGGGCUCCCAAGAUCCCCAGUCUCAAUCGCGACAGAAAUCCAGCAAUCUCCCUGCCGCACAUGCCUCUCUUCCGGCACCACCCGUGAAGCAUCACAACGGGCUUCCCCCACACAAACCGCCUCCCUCUGUCUUGUCAGCGGGCAACGGCGGAUCCACAGUCCGAUACAAAGGCUGGAAUCUGAGCGGAUACGGUAACUCAGGUCUCAAGUCGGAAGAUCUCCCAUAG